AUGCUAGAUGUCCCUGAUCAAUUGAAUCAAGACCAAUUUUGGAACUUGAUCACUGAGAUAUUAUGCACACUUCAGAACGAGUACGUUACAGGUAUGCCAGAGGAAGUCGUGAACUCAUUGCUUGUUCAAUGUAUCACGUUGGCCAUUCAUUGUGAAAAUAAAAAGGCCCGUUUCUACGAGAAAAGUAGUAAGUUUCUGAUUGAUUGUGACUGGUUCAUAGACAACAUGGAAUUUUGCACAAGAAAACUUUUGAGCUUGUUGCAAUACACUAAUGAUAACAACACUAGAAUUAUACAACUAUUGCAAAAGAAUGAUGAUUUGACCUAUAAAGAUUCCUUGGUUCAAAAUAUCAAGCUGAUAGAACAUAUUGGCUGGAUCUUGUACUACUUACACGAUCAGGAAGCAUUAAGUAAGUUUCAGUGGUUUGACAUUCUUUCGUCUACCCUUUUAAAUUUCUACAUUAUUAAGAGUCGUAUCUCCUUAGAUUAUGAGCUUGAAUUUUCGAACUACCUCUUAAUUAGCAUUGAUUAUUGUUCAAGCUUAGAUGUUGAACAAUUGCAUUUUAUACCGGAUAGGUUGCUUGGAAAUCUAUUCUCUUCCUUAAUGUUAGUAUCCAGGAAUGAAGAUUAUGAAAAUUUCCUCCAAUUCAAGUUAAUUCUUGCCCUUAAUGAACAGUUUAUGAUACAAAGUCACGAGCUAAUUUAUGACAACGAUGCCCAAAGUUCUCGAUGCGAGAAUAAAGUGUUUCUCUUCAUGAUUCAAGAUGACAACUUCUCAAAUUUUGUGGAAUGUUUAAUGCUCCAUUUUAACAGAGAAGAUGAUCAUAUUCUGCAAAUACUGAUUCUUAAAGUUUUUUACCUAAUAUUUACCACAUCAAUGACUUGCAAAUGGAUUUAUUUGAAUGACUUGAAAGUAUUAGUGGAUAUAUUUAUAAGAGAGCUUCUUAACUUAUCCAUCACCAAUGAGGCCCCACUAAUCAACACAUAUUUGAGAGUAUUAUAUCCCAUGCUUUGUUUUACUCAGUUAUCCGACGUUUGCUACAAAUUAUCCAAUAUCAAAGACGCACUUCAAAAUCUAAUUAGCAACGAAUCAUGUUCCAAGACCAUGAAGCGAUUGACUGAGAGAUGUUUAGACCUCAAAUUAUUCUCCGAGGAAUCUGACGAUCAGGAAUCAAUUGUCUCAAACUCCACAACUUCUUCUUUCAGACAGCCUCCUCCCAUACCGUUGGCUAGGAAGUUUCAAAAAAGUAUUUACAUCACUGACAAUAACAGUUCUUUUGAUUUGGCUUCUUCCAAGGUCUCUCGAACUCCACAAUAA